CCUCUAACUUGUUGAUAAAGGAGAAAUUUGCUUGGAAGGCGGAGUUCAGUCCAAUAAAGUCUUAAGAGUUGUUGCGCGCUUUCACUGGUAUAAAGAGUGUUUUUGCGUUUAUCUUGUGAACAAGCCCUCAUUUCUUUAUUUUUAUAUAACGUUAGUGGAAAGUGGACUAAUACAGUUUCACCUGCGGGAUAACAAUAAGUGGAACUAAAGUCACCUCGUGAUAGGUGCUGUGUAGAUCAUAAUGAAGCGCCUCUCCAUAUUGUGCCUGUGUGCCCUGGUGACCUUGUAUGGCCAUAAGUAUGUGCUGUCCCAGCCUUACUCGUAUGGUGAACGAAACUCAGAUCUAGGCAUACGGGUGUUUCAGCAAGUAGUCCAGUCCAAGCCCCUGGAAAAUGUGGUGUUUUCACCCCACGGAGUGGCUUCCAUCCUAGGCCUGCUGCUACCUGGAGCCCAUGGAGAAACCCUGAAGCAGAUCACCAGUGGUCUUCACUACAAGAAAAAUGGUCGUUACAGGAUGUUGAAGAAGCUGCACAGGUCUGUGACAGCAAAGUCCAAGCAGGGUGUUGUGCUGAUUGCCAACGCCAUAUUCAGCCAGAAGGGCUUCCCUAUGAAGGUGGCCUUUGUAACUGACAACAAAGUAAACUUCCAAUGUGAGGUCAGGAGCUUGGACUUCAACAACCCUCAGAGAGCAGCUAAUGAAAUCAAUGAAUGGGUCAACAAUAAGACCAAAGGUCACAUCUCUAGCUUGAUCCAAGCAGACAUGCUGGACUCUCUGACCCGUCUAGUCGCUGUCAACUCAAUCUUCUUCAAAGGCUCAUGGAAGUCCCGCUUCCAGCCCGCAGACACCAAGAUGAAGCCCUUCAAAGGGGGGAAUGGGGAUGUAUACACAGUCCCUAUGAUGUCCCAGCUAUCUACCUUCAACAUAUCCCAUGCCACCACACCCGAAGGAGUGAAAUACAGGGUAAUUGAGCUGCCCUAUCAAGGCAACACCACCAGCAUGCUGAUUGUUCUUCCCUACGAAGAGGACACACCUCUGUCCAGUGUUAUCCCGCACAUCAGCAUAGCCACAGUAAGGAGCUGGAUGAAACAGACGUACACGAGGAAAGUCAACCUGGUCAUCCCCAAGUUUACUGUUGAUGCGGAGGUAGACUUGGAAGCCCCCCUUUCAGCGCUGGGAAUCAAAGACAUGUUUGAUGAGAACAAAGCUGAUUUCAGAGGCAUCAGUGAUGAGCCUUUGUAUGUAUCCAAGGCAUUACAGAAAGUCAAAAUUGUGGUGAAUGAAGAUGGAACAAAAGCAGCAGCUGCCACAACUGCCAUUUUGAUGGCUCGCUCCUCUCCACCUUGGAUUAUUGUGGACAGAUCUUUUCUCUUCCUUGUCAGACAUAAGCCAACAGGUACCAUUCUGUUUAUGGGUCAGAUCAACCGGCCUUAGUCCAGCCUUCACUGGCCAGCACGGGAAAUGCUUAUACACUGCCAUGCAUGAGCACACACCUACACUUAAACACACACACACACACACACUGCUGUAGACUUAUGUACAAUGUGGACAUAUGAUGUUAUUUGUUUUAAGUACUGCUUUUUAUGUUACCCAUUUUCUAUAAUGCAUAACAUGUUUUAUAAGAUGUUCUGCAGACUAAACUUCCUGUUUUAAUUUUUAUAUACAUUUUUUGAGUUUAUUACAUUUUUAAAAGAGUUGAAUGGCAUCUGGUUACUUUCUCAACUUGAGAGUCAGUAUAAUAUGUUUAUAUAUCACAUGUCACUUUUUCAAUUUAAAGGUUGUCCAUCUCAAGUACUGUCACUCCAGUCAGUUCAGAGUUUCACUCCUAAGUUAUGACAAUGUACAU